AAAAAAAGUGUCACCCAUUUUUUCUUGAGAGGCUAAUUAAAAUCCAGCAUUUUUCUCUCUCUUCAUUUUAUGGUGUUUGCCCUUAUUGAGCAGAAAGAAAGAGACAAACAAUAGCUGCUAAUUACAAAAAAUAUAGCACAUAAAUGUGUUCAACAAAUAUGCAUUCAUACCCACUUGAUUAUCUACUUCACCCUGUCCCUGUGAUGGCCAUAUAUGGUCUAUCACCCUCUGAUGAGUCUUCUUUACUAGACGCACCUAUAUCCGAAGAAACCAAUUCUCAAUCACCAAAGCCCUCAGUCACUUUAACAAAACCUAAUUUGACAUGUUCCCUAUUGGAAUUGCUUACGAGUAAAACAGAGUAUACGCUCUAUGAGGCCACAGCCUAUUUAUCCAAUCAGCAGAUACCUCCACCCUUUCGAGUCAUCACUGUUUCAAAAGAUUACGUCUUACCACAGCGACAAUCAUCUGCUACCUCGAGUCUGACAACUCACUCGAAUCUCUCACCACUAUCACCAGACUCUCCUGUUUAUCCAGACGGAAUAAUGACACCAUUGUGGAUCAAAAGACACCUAUAUCAUCCGAGUGUAGUCGUUGGUUUUUAUGAACUGUGGGACUGGCAAAAUGAAACUGGAGAAAGGGCCAAACGGGAAACAGGACCUUUGGCUUCUCAAAUACUCAUUGAUCCUACCGAGAGAGAGUACGAUAUGAACUUGGCAAAUGAAAUUAAUAUGAGAAGAAAAUACUUUCAGGAUAAAGGCAUCAAGUUUGCAGCAGUCCUUAUACUCAAACAGAGACAUAUAGAUUCUUCAAUAGAGGAAAGAUUAUCUUCAAUUAGGAAACAGUGUGGUUUGGACUAUAAGAGCUCAUUUUUUACAGUAUCACCGGGAACAAUGAACGAGCUGCAGGAUUUUGUAAACAUUUUAUAUCGCGUCAUGUACGAACCUGCGGCACAAUUUUAUAGCAACCGUAUAAAGAAAAUUCGCAAGAAAAAAGCCAAGCUGCCUUCUCCUUCAACUGUUCCCAAAGCAACACUUGACUUUUCGAGUAACGAGAAACAGCCAUUGUCUGUCACAGGCUGGUCGCUGCGUUAUGAUUUUAAAACUGCCUUCUUUCAAGAAUGUAAACAAGAGAUUGACAGUUCUUUAAAAUCCUAUGAGGCUGCAUAUCAUUCGAUCGUUGACUUGCUGACGUCUUCUUCUUCUUCACCAUUUGGACAUCAUCAGCUGCCUGUCAACAGUAAACGAUGGCAAGAAGCACAAACUUUGGCAGAUUGUAUUAAUAUCAAGAUUUGCAAAUUUUACUUAUAUUUGAAUGAUUCAACAGCUGCCUUAGCACAACUAAAUGGUCAUUUACACAUGUUCCAAUCCUGUGCGCCUUCUUGGGGUAUUGGCGAGCAAACAUUUGAAUAUUGGGCCAGCCUUUCCAAACAGUAUCGCAUGUUUGCCGAUCUUAUUGAUGCAGCAGUACAGGCUGGAUAUAAAAUCCCUCUCCCUACAGAAUAUCUAUUAUCAUCUAAUGGAAAUGUGCCUGGUAGCCCACUGUUUAGCAAUACGACAAUUUCUAGCACUACCGGAUGUAAUCCUGGAUCAAUUCUUCAACAUCCAGGUUUUUACUAUCAUCUAGCAGCCAUGUGCUGUGCAGAGCGAAGAAGACGUUUUCUUGAGCUAGAGCGCGCAGCUGGCGGUAAUGCGGAGAAAGAUAAUUCACUUUUAGCUGAAAAGCUUGUCGAUCACUCUAGCUUGACUAUAGAACUGCUAACCAAGAGCUAUGAACAGUUCAAACGUUACAGAAAUGGACGCAUGACACUUUAUCUAGCAGCUGAAAUUGCUGGAACAUAUUAUGAGACAGGAAAAUAUGAUAUGGCCAUCAAGUUUUUUGAGAGAAUAGGAAAAACGUAUCGCAAAGAAAAAUGGAAUAUGGUACUGACGUCUAUCUUGAGAUGGUCUCUGCGGUGUGCAAAAGAAUUAGGUGCAUGGGAAAAGGCAAUAGAGUGUUUGAUAGAGCUCAUGUCGGAUGAACUUCCUAUGGCUGAAAAUAAACGGGCUGAUAUUCAACGAGAGUUAAUGGAUAUGCUAUCUAAACACCCUGAAUCAUCUGUUACGGAACGAUCACCAUUGGUCAUACAUAUGGAUCAGAUUAACCCUUUCUUACAUUGUCACGUUCAACUCAAGAGUCCUACAAAUUUUGUUGGUUCAAAGGUGUCUUACCAAAUCGUGCUUCAGACAAAUCGCUCUUCACCACAAAUCCCUUUUAGAUUUAACUCUCUUAGGAUAUUAUUCAAUAAUCCUCAAUACAACACCAUCAUAAAGGACCUUGGCAUAGAGACAGAUGUCAAGAGUACUGAGUUGAUUGAUUUUUCCAAUGAUUUAAAAAGGAUUGAAGAAGGCGAUCAUUCUGGAUGGCUCAACACACAAUGUGAUCUUGGAAUCACUAAGGAUCAAAUAAAAGUCUUGCAAGGAUGUAUUGUCCCAGAAAAAUGUGGUGAGCUCAAGAUCACUGGUAUUAUGCUUGAUUUGAUGUCCUCUCAUGGUCAAAUAGAGCUGAAUUAUCCAAUUGGCCAACUUCCUGAGCAACAACCUGCAGCACGAAGAAAGUGGUUAGAAGCAUCAGAUGAAGGCAAGAAGCCUGUAUUCAAAAUAUUAGAUGGACGAGGAGAGUUAUCGAUUGCAAACAUUAUGCAAAAGCCACCGAGUAUCGAUAUAGAAUUCGACUACAAUGCUCCUGCUUUGCUUGAUGAACUAUUUGCUCUUGAUGUCAAGAUAAAAAAUACCGAGACGGAAUCUAUUACUGCUACCCUCUAUACAGAAAUAAAGAAUGCGGAGGGAAUAGUCGACGACGAUUAUAUCGCGCUUUCUAGUGGUGAGGACGCCAAGGAUCAUGUAGCAGCAAAGGACAUUGAACUAGGCACAAUUGGUUCUGGUCAAACAGUGACCAAAACCAUAUUCCUUCACGGUGGAAGCAUAUCAGGUUCUAGAAUUAUCAACUUGAAUGCAAAAUAUACAGUCAUUGGAAGGAAUUUUUCUGAAGUAGUAGAAAAAUCAGAGUCAGUUCGUAUUCCUUUCAUUGCACCGUUUGACGCAAGCUUUGAGCUGUGCUCAAUAACAGAAAGACUUGAAAGAUCUAUAGGAAUUGAUCUCGAAAAAUCUGAAAAGUGGUUGUUAACAGCGUCAUUUCGAUGCUUCUCUGCGUGGGAUCUGGAAAUUAAAAGCAUAGCUAUAGAAGAGGACAAGACAUUUUCUCAUCCAUACACAUCUUUAUCAUUAAUAUCAAAAAUAGAAGACGUAGAUAUAACCAUCUGGAAAACAGGGCACAUAUAUAACGCCAAUUAUCUUUUUAAACUCCAUACUACUGACUUGACAGAAGCGCAACCUUCAGUACCUGCUGGUCACAUAGUUAUUACUUGGAAGAGGUCAGGAGUAGAUAAUGAGCUUUGCAAAUCUCUUAUUAGCCUUCCAUCUCUACAACUGCAGCAACAAAACUUGGUUGUUGUAUCAGAUGUCCCUGAUGAGAUAUACCUUGGUGAACCAUUUACACUAUCCUAUAUCAUCUAUAACCCCACAGAGCAUAUCGCUGAUUAUACAGCAUCAAUUGAACUAAGCGAAGCGUUUGUAUUUUCUGGAUACAAGCAAGUUAAAGGUCAAGUUUUACCUUUAUCAAGAACAGUAUAUGAUUACACAUGUUAUCCACUUUUGUCUGGGAAAGUUAAACUUCCAAAGCUUAAAGUCAUCGCCAUGCAACAGCAGAGCGGAGAAAAGGAAAUUCCUGUGGAAAUGGUUGGCACUGGCGUUACAUUCACCCUUGGAAAUGAUUUACAAGCAAGACAAAAUAACGUAAUGGACCCACAACAGCAGCAGUUUAUAUUUGCAUUUGUGCGUGCAAAACGAAAGCUCUGAUUCGAGCAGAGUGUU